CCCUUGACAAUGACAAAACUGUUCUCGGCUCGGCUGUUCUCGCCUUUUAUCCACCAACUAUAAUGGUCAGCUGCAAAAACUAUGCCUCUAUGCAAAUAAUCAGUGGAGUUUCUGAGGAGAGGGGCUCGUGACGACAGAUCAUCAAACAGGCAACCUUUGUCACUCUUUGAAUGUGCAGUAACCACAGAAAGACAGUGGGGUGCUAUCUAUGCUUCACUCUGCUAACAGUGUUUUUAUUUUAACAACCGCCGAGCUGCUUCUAUUCGGGUAGGUGUAUCCCGCCAAUCUGGAAAUCAUUUACUAUUUUUUCCUUGCACUCUCUCCGCCCCGUGGGAUAUCUCUGCUGCUAAAAUCUGACAGAAGCAAAGCAGCUCGCCUCUCUCCCUUCUCUCGUCCCAUCCCAUCUCCUUGCAGGACACCAAGCUGCUGAACUGCUGAAUGACACUGAGUUUAAGGGAAGUUUGAAUUACAACACUGGAUGACAACUUUGGAUUUUAACCAUACGCCAUGACGCCUCUCAUAUUUUUAAUUCUACACGUCGUACAGUUUGGCAGUGCCGAUAUUUUGGGAGGUAACGGUUCGUGCGAUUUUGAGGACGGCACGUGUGGCUACGAGUCAGAUCCCAAUAAUGAUCCGUGGAUCGUGAAUUUACAAGGUCGCUAUGUCUAUAUUGAAGGCUCACAUCGUCAUGAUGGAAAAUUGGGCCUCCUUGCCAGUUCUGAACUGCGAGCUCUGGGAGAAAGCUGUGUGAGGCUUGUAUAUCAGAUAACUGGCACAGAUCCUGGAAGACUGAAUAUGUACUUUCGACCAGCAGGAAACAGCUUUGAUUUUCUGCUCUGGUCUGCAAAUGAAUCAUCUGACAGCUGGAAAAUUGCUAGUAUAGGUGUAAGGAACAUAACAGACAAAUCCAAGAUUCUUCUAGAAGCUGUAGUCAGUCCAGACCCAAAGGCUAGUAUUGCAGUUUUUGAAAUCAAAAUCUCUCCUGGUUACUGUAUUGUGUGUACCUUUGAAGAGAAUCACCUUUGCGGCUAUAACAACAGGUGGAACCCAAAUCUCAACUGGCUUGUUGGUGGAGGUUCAGUUCGAGAUUCACCCACAAACCUACCAACUGAUCAUACAUUGGACAAUGAGCAAGGUCACUAUAUGUAUGUUGAUGCUAUCUACACCACAAGUUUACAUGAAGUUGCUCAGUUAAUGUCACCGGUGACAACUUCUGCCCUGCUGGGAUGCCUGUCCUUCUUUUACCAACUGGAACAGACUCAAUCCAACUUAUUUGUCGUUUAUACAAAGGACAGAAUGGGACAUUAUGAGGAGGUGUGGAGGGCAAAUAAAUCUACACACAGUUGGACCUUGGUAAAAGUGAAUAUUAAAGCAGCGCAUCCAUUUCAGAUUGUGUUCGAAGUUGCAUUCAGCAGCACAAAAGGAGGUUACGCAGCAUUGGAUGAUAUUUAUUUUUCCUCACAGUUCUGUGACAAUAAAACAGAACUAAUAUUCGACCCAUCUGUGGCAAACUGCAACUUCGAUCAAGAUUUGUGCAAUUAUUCCCAAAACCACAAAGAUGGCACCAAGUGGACGAGACUGAUUCGAAAACCCAAUGCAUUUCAUUUUGGAGACCACACAAGUGGAGUAGGUGGCUUUCUGAUGUCCAAUGCAAGGUUCGGUUACCAUCAGGAGUAUGUAGCUCACCUGGCUGGCCCACUUUUGCAUGCUAAUCUCCAGUAUUGCUUGCGCUUCUUUUACGCCCUGAAUCACUUUGUCACAGAGGAUGCCUUCGCAGUCUACAUCUAUGAUGAAGAAGACCAUGUAGUAGAAAAGAUUUGGUCAAUUCCUAAAUCGCCCACUGGAAUAUGGAUUCAAGCAGAAGUUAACUAUCGAAGGCAGGAGGCCAGCAAGAUAGUUUUUGUAAGUGUCUGUAAGAAUUUCUGGAACUGUGGAAAAGUAGCACUGGAUGAUGUCACAGUGAGCCAAGGAGACUGUCGAAUUCCUGGAGGUUCCUGGCUACCUGCUCCAGGGCGGUGCAAUUUUGAUACGGAUUAUUGUGGAUUUGUUCAGGAUCAUAAGGACAAAGGCAACUGGUAUAGAAGAGCUGGUACAACACCAACAUCCUUCACGGGUCCAAAGGGGGAUCACACAACAGGGGUAGGGCGCUACUUGUAUGUAGAGGCCUCUCAUAUAAGGCAUGGAUACAAUGCACGCUUGUUGUCAUGGCCACUGCGAGGAUUCACAGGCGACCAGUGCCUGAUAUUCUUCUACCAUAUGUAUGGACUUGGAACUGGAUCGUUAAAUGUUUACUUGAGGAAGGAGAAUGCUGAAGAAACUCUCUUAUGGAAAAGAACAGGGGAGCAGAGUGUAUCUUGGCUCAAGGCCUCCGUAGAAUACAAUUGUGAAGAAAACCAUCAGAUUGUCUUUGAAGCGAUUCGUGGCCUGUCAAGACACAGUGACAUUGCAAUAGACGAUAUUUUAUUUCAAAACGGACCCUGUGAAGGGAGUGUCUAUGAAGGCAGUGGAUACCUCGAUGCUCAAACAUUUUUACCGUCUGUGAGAUACAAGAAAACCUUUGCUACAUGACCCUGAAUCUCCAAAUCAACCAGAUUGGUACAGCAUUUACAUCUGAAUAGGGGUUCCAUCAGGAUGGGCUGUGGAACAACUACAGGGAACAUUUGUGUUAAUGAGGAGUUUGAGUUGAAUCGUGUAGAAGUUGUAAAUGAUUUUUGGUCUUCAUCAAAAAGAAUUCAAUUGAUUUGAAUGACUCUUUGCUAAAUAUUAAAACAGAUAUGUAUGUUAAUUUGUUAGUGAAGACGUAGUAGCCAUGGGCUUCUUAAUGUUUGCUUUAGUACCUGGAAAUAUCCAGUAUUCGUUGAUUACUGAAGAAGUGUAAAUAUUCAGCAUUUCAAAAUGACAGAAGAUGGGAUCACCAGCACGAUUUGAGAUUUUUUUAAAAAACGUUAUUAAGUAUGUGAUUAGCAGUUCCUUCCUGGCCAUGUACUGUCCAAUCACAUGCCAGAUUUGUUCUAUAUUUAACCAAUUCAAAUAAAGA